CUAGCUAUUCUUCAAACGUAUGGUUUGUGUUUCCGCUAACCAGCAUCAUCUCCACGGCGGCCGGGCGGACGACAUUCUUAUGCUUCGGCUCCCCUUCUUCAACCAGGCAUUUAAUCGUCAGUGCAGGAGCCGCUCUUGAGAGAAUCAACAUUUAUUGACGCAUAUCGAGUCACAGCAAAAAGGAUGAAAAGGAGAUUUCUCAAAUUGGAGACGCCCCCUUUUCCCCUUUCUUUUUCUUUUUUGGGCAGAAGCAAUGCCGAAACCCUCCUUUGGAAUUGUUGUAUGGUUCCGUAAAUUGUGGACACACUCACUCACACAUAUCCUUUGGCACGCCUCCUCGCGUGACGCAAAACCCUUUGUUCAUCAUCGCAAUGCGAGACAAACGAACACAAGCACACACGCACAAUCGCACACACACACACACACACACACACACACACACACACACACUCACUCACUCACACAAGAGGAACGGGGGAGGCUGAUGAGCAAAAGCUACAUCCGUCGUCAUCACCACACGCCCGCACUUGUUCUGUCGCCGCGAGGGAGAUUUCAUCUAGGGGAAGAAGAGGGAAGGAGGCAAGGAGAUAUUCAUUCGUCCCUGUUAUCGAUGAAAUUCUGCUUCCUCGUCUUGUCCCGACUCCCUCUCACCCGCCCCUCCCUGGAAAAAGUUUCCUUGCUGGGGAGGGGGAAGCCUUUUAAAUGGAAUGGUGCUGGAAUGUUGGGACCGUUGGGGGACGAGAAAGACAUCCGCUGGGGAAGUUUCUUCGCUGUAUUGAUUAUUAAUGCGGAAAAUCAUGAGUGAUGUCCACUCUCUCUCUCUUUCUCUUGAGGAAAGAACAUGAAAAUGAAGAUGAAACUUCAAAUUCAAAUUUCAAUGAAACCUUCUUUCAGGCACCUGAAGAAUGUCCCGACACGCGUCUUCUUUUCUCCCUUCCUUUUUCCUUUUCCCCCUAAGCGCCUCUCCUGUCUAUCUCUCUUGUUUGAAAUAGCUGGAGCCAGCUUGUAGCUAGCUAGCGGGUUGAAGCAGGUGGAAUUAUUGCAGCUUGUGAAAGAUUUUCUAUAUCGAAAUAAGAACACGGGCG